UAUACUGUUGGAGGCAAUUCCAUUGAUGGUGCAAAGUGUGUGUUUCCAUUUGUUUAUGGUGGAAGAACAUACAACAAUUGUACAGAUACUGCUCACUCCCUGCUGUGGUGUUCAACAACUAACAAUUACCCCAGAGAUAGAAAAUGGGGAAACUGUGUUCCAAACAGUAAGUUAUCAAUGCCUUCAAUAAGGGCUGGUAGCGGGCCAAAACUGCCCGCUAAUUAGCCAUCCUUAGCCGGCUACAUGUACUUUCUUCUCCUUCUACCAUACUGACAAAAAAGAAGCACAAUCAAAUAAAACUGUAAAGCAUCUGUUUCCCACUUUUGAAUGACAUUAAACGCAUAUUUAAACAGGUUUAGAUCUGUGAAACGUUCAAACCCUGCAAUGUCGUGGGACGCCUGGGACAUUUCAAUGGCAUUGUUCCCAAUCUUGUAUUUAUUCUGAAGAAACAACAUGGCAUCUGUGGUAGAAAAUGCCUCUUGAAAGCCCCUGGAAAUGAUAUUCUGCCUGAACAAAGUUGACUUAAUUGACUUGCCUUCAGUGUAAUCAGGGUAUGUGUACUGCUGUAUACGUGUCUUGUACAUGUAUAAUGUGAAAUAGAGAAGAGAGGUCGCUAUGCCAGGUUGCCAUGGCAGCAAGAUUUCUGGAUUGCAUCAAACUGAAAACGUCACUGAAAAAGUGAAUUCUCACAGCUGUUUCAAACUUCAUGAUCUUAAUCAAUUUCAUUUAAAGUGGCCAGAAUCUAUUUAUAAGGGUGUUGGUUAUGUUUUUUAAUCGCGUUUUUCAGCAGGAACGAUUAAAUCGAUUUCCAUGAUUUUUGGCAUCCAGCUAGCUUAAUCAAUAAUAGUUGAACUUUAAGAAAAUGUGCUUUAUUUUCUUUUAGGUUUAAAAACGUUUGAGAUAUCGGCAUAUGUUUAAAACCACAUUUUUACAUAAUGUGACAAUAACUUCGAAACCUAAGACAGAUUUUUCUCUAACUUCAGCAAAUAUAAGCCUCAGAGCACGCGAGUUUUAUAGCUGCAACUUUGAAGUCAGUUUUGACGUUAGAACUGCCUGACAGUGUACAAAUGCCAGAUCAAAUUUGUGUAGGUAAUAGCAUGAUUUGUAGUGACAGUAUUUGGCAUGAAUACCACGCGUAAUAUUUCGAAAUUGUCAUGCGUAAUUUCACGAGCCAUUGGGCGAGUGCAAUGGGAGACAAUUUCGAGAUAUCACAAGUAGUAUUUAUGCCAAAUAUCAUGUACAAAUCAUGCUAUUAUUUGUUUUUACUACUACCUGCAAAGGUUUUGUAAUUUUCACAUGUAGGUAUUUCAAAUUAAGCUGAAAUGCCACUGCACUAAGGCAAUCAAAUUGCAGAAAUUUCUCAUGUAGUAGUAUAAGGUAAUUUAUUCAAGCUUGAAGUUGUUAGAUUAGUGCGAUCACAUUUGCACAGGCAGUUUGUCAUUGGAAAUAUAAUGAAAAGAAUAAUUAAUAAGACUUGUCAUAUUUUUCUUCACCUUUAUCCCCAAGUGGCAAACUUCCCGUGCAAAUUUUAUGUGAAGUCUAAAAAGCUUGAAUAAUUACCAAAUACAAGGGCUUUCAGUGCAGCUGAAAAAAUUGGUUAAAUGGUUAGUUAGAAGUACUGGAGUUGUUGGCUUUAUUUCUCCCCAUAAUGGAAACCUGUGCGGAUGCUAAAAACUCUUGAGACUUUUUCGUAGAUACUAUAUUUUGCCUUGUUAAGAUAAGUUUCGAAAAGAGGGGGACAAAUACAAAGUAAGUUUGAUGAAUGGAAGUUCUUCCAUAUUGCCCCGCAUUUAGCAUAGAGUUGUUCUUCUUGUAUUGCGAACUGUAUUCAUUGUAGGUUUCUGAUUUCUCAGUUUCUUGCAACUGAAGCUUUGGGCAAGGAUACUCUUGGAGAUAGGAGAUUAGUCCAUUGGCAGUUUUCCUCUAUUUGUGGGUCAACUUUCACAAAUGUGUUAACAUUGCAUUUUCAGACUUAAUUUGACCAGGUAUUUGUGCAGCCAGUUCUAUGGUCACCAUUGACUUCAAACUUGCAGAUAUAAAACUAGCUAAAACUAAUAAGCUCUGAGGCUUGUUUGCUGAAGUUAGAGAAAAAUCUGCCUUAGGGUUUCGAAGUUGUUGUCAUUUUUUGUAAAAAUGCAGCUUUAAACAUAUGCCUAUAAUAUAUGCCUAUAUUUUGUCAAACAUUUUUAUACCUACAAGAAAAUAAAUCACAUUUUUUUAAAGUUUAACUACUAUUCAUAAAAGAUGUCAAAAAUCAUCGAAAUCGGUUCAAUUGUUCCUGCCGAUAAAAACAAUUCCAAAACAUAACCAACACGCAUAUAAAUAGGUUCGGGCCACCUUAAUUUGGGAAAUUAAUGUUGGUCAAUAUUAUUAACAUUAUUGAUACAAUCAUGUAUGGCACACAUGGCCUUGAAGAGUUGAAUGCUGGGUCCACCUUUAUGGGAGGAAACUCCUCUCAUCACUUUCAACUAUAGCUUCUCAUGCAAAAUUACAUAAAGAUUACUUUGGUUAUUUUUUCUCUUGAAACACUUUUGUCUUCUUUUAUGACUUAGCUCACCUCAGUUACACUGUCUGGUUGUUUGAUUGACUGAUUUCCAUUUCAGGUGUUUAUCCUCUUGGUUGUUAUCAGACGAACUUUUUCAGAGAAACCAUAUUGAGAAGUAUCACAGGCUCUAAUGUCAUUCAGCAGUGUAUCAGUGCUGCUGCAGCCUCAAGACAGAAUUAUCAAGGAAUUGGUAUAAUGAAGGUUGUCUCCAACUAUAAUUGUUAUGCUGAUACUCAAGCAGAUCUUCGUUACAGCCAGUACAGUUCAAAGAAAUGUAGCUCAAGUUUGAAUGCUGCAAAUGAGAUAUGCUUUUAUUGUGGUCUCUAUAUCUGA